AUGUUGCCGGUGGCGCUGCCGUCGGAGCGCGAGCGGGACGGGGCGCUGCUGCGGGUGCGCUUCACCACGCUGGCGGCGUGGACGGUGGGCUGCCCGCUGGGCGGCUUCCUCUUCUGCGUGGCCUGGGCGCUGCUCUUCCACUUCGCCGACGCCACGGCCACGCACUGCCGCGUGCCCAACUACCUGCCGUCGCUGAGCGCCGCCAUCGGGGCCGCCACGCCGGAGCGCUACGUGUGGCGCCUCUGCAUCGCCCUCCAGUCGGCGCCGCGGCUGCUGGUGGCCGCCGCCUACUGGCGCCACUACCGGGCCUUCCCCAGCCCGCACCGGCUCUACCCGCGCCUCUGCCGCGCCACCCUGGGCCUCGGCCUCGGGGAGAACCUGGGGCUGCUCCUGCUCACCUACGUCUCCUCCGCCGAGAACCACGCCUUCCACCAGCACGCCUUCAGACUCUUCAUCGUCUCGGCCCUCGGACACAUGUUCCUGACCUGCCUGCUCUGGGGUAUGACCAAGAAGUACGCCAUCACUCCCGAGGAGCACAAGUCCUACAAGUGGAAAUGGUGGCUUUUCAUUUUCAACCUGGUCACCUUCCUGGUGGCCGUCUGCUUCUACUACCGUCACAAUUGGUAUUGCGAGGCUGGAGUGUACACGGUCUUCGCCUUCCUGGAGUACCUGGUGGUCCUGUCCAACAUGGCCUUCCACAUGACUGCCUGGUGGGACUUUGGCAACAAGGAGCUGGUCAUCUGCUCCCCGCCGGAGGGGAAGCACUUCUAG